UUUAAAUUGUGAUUGUUCAAAUCUUUUUGUAUGUAACUCGCAACAGUAAGUGCAAUUCAGCCACCCUGGUAGGCAAUCCGACCACGUCGGAUCGCCGACAAUUUGCAAAGGUAUAUCAAGACUAGAAAAUCCACCCGCCGAUGAGCGGCUAUAAAGUGCAAUAUGUGACAAUCCGAUUUGAUGCAUGCUUGAUUAACCAAUAUACAAAUAAAAUACUAAUACGUCAUUAAUAAUUAUUAAUAAUAAUAAUUUAAUUAACGAUUAACCAAUGGCAACCAAUUAUUAUUAUUAUUGUAACUUUAAAACCCAUAGCAACCAUUUAUAAACAAACAUUUCCACUGUAAAUCUCAAAAUCCUCGUUUAAGCACAUCCCCGGGUUGGACUUAGGGGUAUGAAAAAUAGUUAACUUCACUCUCUCAGACUUACUGAAUAUACACACAAAAUUUCAUGAAAAUCGGUCAAGCCGUUUCGGAGGAGUUUGGCGACAUACAUUUUCUAUAUUGUGACACGAGAUUUUUAUAUAUUAGAUAACAAAUUUACUUCUUUACCUACAUGAAUAUAAAGUAACUAAUAGUUAAUAAGUACCUACAUAAUAUAGCGUAAUAUUGUAAUAUUGUGUACUAAUUGUAUAGUGUUAUGGUAGAACAAUUUUAGUACAAAAAAAUGAAUAUUAUUCAAGAAAAAUAGAAAUUACCAAUAUAAAUAUUCUGUGUAAAUUUACAGUGGAACUUUAACGUCCGGUUCGUGCUUAACUAUGACGUGAGUCUGCGCGGGUGGGUCUCACAAUAAGUUGAUAAGCACGACAAUCGGAACGCGGUAAUAUUAUUAUGUAUUACGUGAAUCGCAAAACUGCAACAAUCUACAUUGAUAAGAAUUUAUUCUGUAUUUUUAAAAUACGACAGAAAAAUAAUUCGUAAAAAUUAGAAUACGAUUUGUUUGUUAUUUUUCAAACAUUGAAACAUAGUAACGCGUUUUCAAGCGUUGUGUGGACUGUGGAUACGAUUUUAUUAUUAUUAUUUUUAACAAGACGUAAUAAUAACUACACAUUUAUUAGUUUUUUAAUUAAAAUAUAAAAAAACCCGAAUUUGCGGAAGUGCAUAAUUAUAAAAACAUACACUUGCUUAAAUCAGCAUCACGUGUUUUUAAGUGCGAGCUGUUAUUAAUUAUUAUUCUUCUCCUGUCUAACUAAAAUAAGUCGUGGCUUAUUAUAAUAUAUGGGUACACAUUUCUAAAGAUUUAUCUGCGUGCAUUAAUGACAGUAAUAAUAUUAUAUUAUUUACAACCCCGCAGCUUUUAAAUUUAAAACCACUUUUAUCAUUCCAUCGCUAUAGAUGCCGAGUAACUAUGCCUAUUAACAAAUGUUAGAUUAUGGUAUAUGCUAUAGAAAUUCUAUCGUUAUUAUUUUAUAACAAAACAGGUACCUAUCUAAAUAUUAUUCACCUUUGCAAAAGAGCAUUGUCACAUCAAUUUAUUAAGAGAAUAAUAAUAUAAUAUAAUAUAAUAAUACAGUCGUCCAUAUAGUAGUUUGGUAUAUUAUAUAAUUUUUAAUUAUAUUUAGUAAUAAUAAGACAGUUGUUUCUGAUUUUUUGUGGAUAAUAAAUAUUGAAACGAGACAAAUUAAUCAUAAGCAAAAACGUGGGUGCCAAAAUGGCCCAAAAUUUUUUUUGCCCACGGGUGGCAAAAUUUUAAAUAAGGCCUUGGCCUGCGCAGUAACACAAUAAUAUAGGGUAUAGGUUUCAUAUAUUGUACUCGCGUAUUUUUCGUCGUAAGAUUAUAGUUAAUUUGUUGGCUAAUAAUAAUGAUUUUUUUCUCGUAAAAAAUUUCCUUGUUUUGUAUUAGUUAGUUUUUUUCUGUUUUUUCCUGUUUGUUUUUUUUUUUUUUACUUAAAGUUUUCUAUAGUCAUGACGUAUGCACCAGAAAACUUUAAGAAACGGUACGUGUGGGUAUAGAAAACGAUAGCGCCGCAUUGUGCACCGCAGAAUACGUAAGUAUAAUUUGAUAUUAUAUAGAAAACGAUGCUGCAAGCCCUCCGUGUGUGUGUCACACGUUCGUCGACUAUGAAUAAUUAUUAACUUUAAUGUUUAUUUUAUUGCAGGACGACAACUCACUGCUAUCAGCGUAACUUCAAUGCAGGUCGUCACCGUGGUCGGAACUUUGGCUGUGACCGUCUUAGCGCUGCUGCUCUGCCUGUUGUGCGCAGGACUCGCGAUGACUGCGUUCAUCGCCAACAUCGUGAGGAGUCCUGCAGUGCAACGGGCAUUGAUAAAGCGUUUUCCGGGAGCAGCCGGAACGGUAGACGGAGAGACGGCGUCGCGUUGCGUGUCCGUCGCGUCGGAUUACGCAAGACGGGUGACUGUGAUACUAGCCUUCGAAAUUUGGUUCCUCGCUCAGUCCGUCGGCACCGGAAUGUUUAUAGUAGUGGAGUUGAUCAGACUCUCCAGCCGACCUGAAGAUCAGACGCCGCUGAAGUCGGUCGCCGGAGGUCCGAUUGCAGCACAGGUCGUAGACACCACAGCUGCGGACGUCGCUCCGCUACCGGACAGUGCGGAGAACUCGGCACCCGUCACCACGGAAAACAGCACUCCGCUGCCAGUUGGCAGCGUCAAGAAACCGUCCCCCGUGGAAGCCGUGACUACGGAAAACGGCACUCCGCUGCCGAUAUGCAGCGUCGUGAAGCCGUCAGCCGCGCGGACACCACACCAAGCACAUAUAAAUAUUGGAAAAAGAGACAUGCCUUAUUUUCGAAAUUCGACCAAGAGAGCUUUUACUCGGUCUGUCCCGAGACACUCGGCGCCUAUAUAUGGCAGAAAAGUGUGACCGGGUGAAAGUGGCUGUGGACCCGUUUUGCGGCGCCGGCGGAAAUAUAAUCCAGCUUGCCCGACUGUUCGACAAAGGUACUUACAGUCAGCCUAUGAUAUUACCAAGUAUAUUUGAUGAUAUUAUAGUGAAUAAAGUUAUUUAUAUAUAAC